AUGAGUGAACGACCAAGCGAGUACUUACAUGUGUGCCUGGUAGGACAACAACCGCAACACCUACGUACCGAACAGAUAGACUCCUCCGAUAACACCUUGACCGACAGGCCUCCACCACCAAGCGAGCCUCCAGACGACAGAGUAAAACUAAGCAUCCGAGAUCCGAAGAAGAUAAUAUCAUUCUCUUCCAAUGACCCAGAAAGUCCAUACAACUGGAGCAGGAGGCGGAAGGCCAUCAUUUUCGUUGUCGGCAUCGUCACGGUGAUUAACAGCACGCUGGGCUCGUCUCUACCCAGCAACGCGAUCGACUUCAUCGCUGAAGACUUUGGCAUAACCAGUCAAUUGCAACUCCCUCUACCAAUCUCUUGCUUCCUCGCCGGCUAUGUCGUGGGACCAACUGUGUGCGGUCCGCUUUCAGAGCACUUUGGCCGAAAACCAAUCCUCCUUGGCUUCUUCCUGUUCGCUACUGUUUUCAGCAUGGCGUGUGCUGUUGCUCCUAGCUGGCCAGCUCUAUUGAUAUUCAGGUUUCUGUUCGGAGUAGGGUCGUCUGGGCCAAUUACAAUCGUAGGGGGAUUAUAUGCUGAUAUUUACAAUGAUGCCCGGCAGCGAGGAGUAGCAAUGGCUUGGUUCAUGGUUGCAACUACCUUUGGGCCUAUCCUCGCACCAAUGAUAUCGGGAUUCGUCAGUGAGAACACCACAUGGCGGUGGACCUUUGCCGUUGGCACACUGUUCGCCGCGGCCACGAUCCCAUUGAUCUGCAUUAUGCCGGAGAGCUAUACGCCGGUGCUGUUGAGUCAGAAGGCCAAAAGGCUUCGCAGAGAGACAGGUGAUCCGGAGAUCAUCGCACGAACUGACCUUCAGAAGAAGACCCUUCGGCAUGUCCUCACGGUGGUUAUGACACGACCCUACAGAAUGCUUUUCCACGAGGUCAUAGUAAUGUGCACCUGUGCCUACCUCGCUCUGGCAUACGGCAUAUUCUACAUUUACUUCGAAGCGUACCCGAUCAUCUUUCGAGGGCCGGAUUCGAUAUACAAAUGGUCUUAUGGCCUAGCGGGGCUUGCCUUUUUGCCGAUUGGUAUUGGGAGUAUUUUUGCCGCCCCGAUCUUCCUGGGGUGGGAUUCAUACCUGGCAAAGGCACAGAAACGCAAGGAGAAAUGGGCAGAGAAGGAAGAGUACCGACGACUUCCACUAGCGUGCCUUGGUGGUCCGCUUUACGCGGUGUCGAUUUUCUGGCUUGGUUGGAGCGCAAAGCCCGGGACAUUUUGGUUGGCUCCUGUCGCAUCAGGCGUUACUUUUGGCAUGGCCUUCCUGCUCAUAUUCAUGGCGCUGUUGAAUUAUUUGACCGACGCAUAUGAGACGUUUGCCGCAAGCGCUCAAGGCAUUGCCAGCACUUGUCGCAGCAUUUUGGGUGUUUUGUUACCACUUGCGGGCCAUAAGAUGUUUUCGCGAUUGGGCAUUGCGUGGGCGUGUAGCGUACUGGGAUUUUUGAGCUUGGGAAUGUGCCUGAUACCCUUUGCUUUCAUCUGGUUUGGCGACAAGAUCCGAGACAACAGCAGGUUUUGCAAGGAAUUGAAGGAGCUCAAAGCACGAGAGGCGGCUGAAGAGGAGGAGAGAGAAAGCAGCCAAACAAGCCUCGCGGCACGAGACGACGGAAUGGCGAACAAUGACGAAGGCCAGGAGGACCGGGAGAAAGUCUACAACAAGGUAUGA